GUGUUUUUUUUUCUGGGCAGGUAAAUGCGGAAGUAUUGAAAUCUAGACUCCACGGAGACGGAGUAAAAGAAUGAGCGGCACAAACCGCACCAACACUAUGGCUCUGUGUGAUGGACUGUCCCACUGCAAACUGGCUCUGGUUUUCGCCGUGCUGAUGGACUUACUGGGUGGAGCCGCCCUGUUGGUGGGAGUCUUUGCCCCUUUGGAGGUCAGAGGACAAGAUUUUGGAGACUUACUGGUCUAUACUGGCGCUCUGUUGGUUCUCUUCUCGCUGGGCGGCUGGGUGCUGUGGUACAGCGGGAACAUCGAGGGCCUGACGUCCCGGAAGGAGCUGGGCCACAUCAGCAGCGCCGUCGACCGCCUGGCUCGGAAUCUAAGUCGCAAGAUCCGAAACUACCAGAGCCACCACUGAACACGCCAUCCACACCUUUCACUCAAAGGAUUAACCUUUGACCUUUAACAGUCUGCGUUUGUCAGUAUUAUGAGUACAAACACUGUUACGUCUUUGCAUCCGCACUGCUGGUGUGUUGUUACACACAUCAACAGGCAUUUCAGUCGGAACAGUGGAAACACUGAUCUGUUGCAUCAUUGUGUUAUUUUUUACAUUUCAAUAAAUAUGAAGUUAGCACUGGUGUUUCAUUCUGAAUUUCAAUAAAAUUCUGAUAAUCUAGA